GCUAUAUCUUAUUUGCUAGAUCACCACAUUGAAGACGAUUUAUCCUUUACACCAGCCGUUUGUUACGAGUCUUUAAUGAAUGUGAGUAUUUUCAUUGAGUUUCAAGUGUUUAGCAUACAUGAGGGUGUAAGUUACGCUGCAGGGUU